UAGCAGCCCUGAAAAUACAGUUCGGAACCAGCGUACAAAAGCGAAUUGGAUAAAGAUGCCCCCAAAGCGCACGCGCCGAUAGCCUCGAUUCAAACAACAACGUUCAUUUCAGGCUGUACGAAAAAAUUAUUUGUGCCGCGAAAGCGACGAUCUAUUUCGCAAGGAAGAAACGAAAACAAACUGAAAAGAAGGGGAAAAAUUAAGCGUCAGCAAGUGAAGUGAAGUAGUGGAAAUGCCGGCGGAACAGCAUACGAACAUAAAGGUGGCGGUACGCGUCCGGCCGUACAAUGCCCGGGAGUUGGAGCACAAGCAAAGGAGCAUAGUGAAGGUGAUGGACCGGUCGGCGCUCCUCUUUGAUCCGGACGAGGAGGACGACGAGUUCUUCUUCCAGGGCGCCAAGCAGCAGUAUCGCGACAUUACCAAGCGGAUGAACAAGAAGCUGACCAUGGAAUUUGAUCGUGUCUUCGACAUUGACAACACCAAUCAGGAUCUAUUUGAGGAGUGCACGGCGCCGCUGGUCGACGCGGUGCUGGCUGGGUACAACUGCUCGGUGUUCGUUUAUGGAGCCACUGGAGCCGGCAAGACCUUCACUAUGCUGGGCAGCGAGGAGCAUCCCGGCUUGACCUUUCUCACCAUGCGCGAUCUCUUCGAGAAGAUCCAGGCGCAGAGCGACGUGCGCAAGUUCGAUGUGGGCGUCUCCUAUUUGGAGGUGUAUAACGAGCAGGUGAUGAACCUGUUGACCAAGUCCGGGCCUCUCAAACUGCGCGAGGACACCAACGGCGUGGUGGUAAGCGGCCUCUGCCUCACGCCCAUCUACAGUGCCGAGGAGCUGCUGCGAAUGCUGGCCCUGGGCAACUCACAUCGCACCCAGCAUCCCACCGACGCGAAUGCGGAGAGCUCUCGCUCGCACGCUAUCUUCCAGGUGCACAUACGCAUCACGGAGCGCAAGACGGACACCAAACGGACCGUAAAGCUAUCCAUGAUCGAUCUGGCGGGUAGCGAGCGAGCGGCGAGCACCAAGGGCAUUGGGGUGCGGUUCAAGGAGGGCGCCAGCAUCAACAAGAGUCUCCUGUCGCUGGGCAAUUGCAUCAACAAGCUGGCCGAUGGACUCAAGCACAUACCCUACCGUGACUCGAACCUGACACGCAUCCUGAAGGACUCGCUGGGCGGCAAUUGCCGCACUCUGAUGGUGGCCAACGUCUCGAUGAGCUCGCUCACCUACGAGGACACCUACAACACACUGAAGUACGCGAGUCGGGCCAAGAAGAUUCGCACCACGCUCAAGCAGAACGUGCUGAAAUCGAAGAUGCCCACCGAGUUCUAUGUGAAGAAGAUCGACGAGGUGGUGGCCGAGAAUGAGCGUCUGAAGGAGCGCAACAAGUCGCUGGAGACCAAGGCAGCCCAGCUGGAGCGGGCCGGCAACAGUGGCUUCGAUCCGCAGGAGCUCAAGUCGUGGUACAGAAAGAUAGACGCUGUAUAUGCGACAGCCCGCCAGCUGCAGGAGCAUGUCCUCGCCAUGCGCAGCAAGAUCAAGAACAUCAACUACCGGCAGACGCUCAAGAAGGAGCUGGAAGAGUUAAGGAAGCUAAUGUCCCUCGACCAGCGAGUGUGCCAAGAGGACUUCCGUCGCUUUGCCAACUACAUGAGCCUGCUGACCAGCCAGAACGACAAAUACAAGGAUGAGCUGCCUGUGUGGCGGUCCAAGAUGGAGUGCGCCUACCAGGACCUCGAGAGCUUGAAGCGCGAGGUAAACAAGUCGAAGGCCUACCAGAUCCUCAUCGUGUACGUCAAGUACAAGGAUCUCGAGCUGCAGCUGGCCAAGCAGAACCAAUUCAACAGCCACGUGAGCGCCAUUAACCAGGAGCUGGUGGAGAACUCGGACCUGUUGCGCAAAUCCUUCCGUGCCGCCUGUGAAGUCCUCAACCAGAUGUACGACCGCCUGGAGGAUGGCAGCAAGCUAACGCCGGAUAUCCAGGCAGUAUAUGAUCGGUUGCAGCGCAAGAUGCGCUUCGCCGAAUCAGAGGCCAACACGAAGAUGGCAGAGAUGGACUCCCUGGCGGUGAACGAUCGCCUGCUGGACGGGUUAGCGGCAAAGGAGGAAGAAGAUGAGGAUGAGGCUGUCGCCUCCAGCAGCUUGACGUCCAGCGCCAGGAAGCGACUGCGUCAGCCCGUCCAUAGCGAUGACGAUGAUCUCCACCUGAGUUUGGAGGAGUUCGAUAGCCAGGUGAUAGAAUCGGAGGGCGAAGACCUGCACAUGACAUUCAAGAGGCCGCGCAAUCUCAACGAGACACAGGUCGUAGCCCCCGCCAGCUCAGUAACCAAGAAGCCUCUGACGUCGACGGUCACCAAGCCCAAAAAUGCCCACAAGCUGACGUUCUGCGAGAUGAUGACCGACCAAAACGUACGCGGCGACAGCGAGAAGAUCAAAAAGGUUCUCCUCAACUCUAAUCACUUCACCACCCAGGGCCUGAAGCGAACGCUGGCGGCGGCUUCGCUGGCCAAGGAGAACGUUAAAUAUAAUGCCAACCAUGUGCGCAAAAGUCCGCGAGUGCUGGUGGCCAAGGCCGUUGCUGGCACCUCGAAGCUGACGCGAAAACCCUUGGGAUCGGCGAGUAAAGAAGCGCCCUUGGUCAAAUUCAAUCGAGCAGCCUCUUUUCGGCUGAAGAAGUAAAUGAAUCCAGUCAGGCAGAUUCAUGAUUAAAUUAACCAUAGCUAUAACUAUAUAGAUAUAGAUAGUACACUAGCCCCAAAUCGAACCAAGCACCAGUUCUAUCUUUUCGUUCUUUUUUGACCCGAAACUUUUUCAUUUUGAUUUUAUUUUUGUAUGUUUUUCUCAAGUUUAUUUUUCUGAUAAGUUCAAAGAAAAUGCUGAGCGUUUUACGCUCUUUAUUUAAAAAUAUACAGCCGUUUCCUUGCCCCCCUCA